AUGAAAAUGAAGUUCUGUUCGCUGGCGUUUCUCCUGCUACUUGUCAUCGCACAGAUCGAAGCCCGGAUACCUGACGAACACAGGUUAAGGGCUUUGCACAGGCAUCGCCCUGUGCCCUUGAAAAGAAUACCAGCUUCGUACAGCCAUACCCAUUUACACCGAACAAGGUUCAAACGUGGUCAGGAACCUCUCGAGGGUGUCGAUGGCGUGGAAAUGGUGCAGAAACAAGGUGUCGAUGGCGUCGAAAUGGUGCAGAAACAAGGUGUCGAUGGCGUCGAAAUGGUGCAGAAACAAGAAGUGACUGAAUUAGAACAGAACAUCCAGACGGGUCCAACGAAUGAGCAGUUCUCCAUGGACGUCCCUCAAGACGGAAUCAUGACCCGUAAAAUCACAUAUGAAAUGCAGCCUAGAGUCCGGCUGGUCAGACGUACGAUCAAUGUUGUACCGCAAACGGAACGAGUAAUCAAACGUACAAGAAUCAAGAUGCGUUACGAUUCGGGCUGGGAGCAAUUCGAAAUGUCAUCUACAUUCACACGGCCGUCUUUCUUCAAUAAGCUGCAUUUGACACCAAAAACCAGGAAACUGGCGAAGCUCUAA